AUGAAGGCUGAUUUACAUAGAGUUUUUGAGCUAAAUGUAAGUGAAGCAAAGUGCAAGAAAGCCAAAAAGGAGAUACUGGAGAGUUUAGAAGGUAGCUUUGUAGACUCUUACAACAAAUUAGAGGGUUAUGCUACUGAAUUGAGAAGUUGUAAUACAGGGUCUGACAUUGUGAUAGAUUUAUCUAAAGAGGCAUUAUCUAAUGGUAAGAGAAAAUUUCUUAGGAUGUAUAUCUGCUUCAAGGCAAUGAAGUUGGGUUUUAAGUCUAGGUUAAGACCACUUAUUGGGUUAGAUGGUACAUUCCUUAAAGGAAAAACUAAGGGACAUGUAUUGUGUGCUAUUGGUCAAGAUAGUAAUAACUCUUUCUACCCUUUAGCUUGGGCUGUGGUAGAUAAAGAGACUAAGAGGACUUGGACAUGGUUUAUGCAACAUUUGCAACAUUCACUUGAACUUCAAAAUGGUGAAGGACUGACAUUCAUAUCAGAUAUGCAGAAGGGGCUGCUUGAAGCAGUAAGGACAAUCUUACCUGAAGCACAUCAGAGAUAUUGUGCAAGGCAUAUUGAGGCAAAUUGGUGCAAAAGAUGGGGUAAAGGUGAGCUGAAAAAGUUGCUAUGGUGGGCUGCAUGGUCAUCAUUUACAAAGGAGUUUGAGGACCAACUUCAAGAGAUCAAGGAAGUUAAUGGAGAGGCUGGACAAGAUUUAAUAGACAAGUAUCCUCCCAAAGCAUGGUGCAGAGCCUAUUUAGAUACAGUGUGCAAAAAUCAGGUUGUUGACAAUAACUUUACUGAAUCAUUCAAUGUCUGGAUACUUGAAGCAAGGUACAAGCCAAUUAUUGGAAUGUUGGAAGACAUCAGGGUCAAAAUAAUGGAGGGGUUGGCAGCAAAAGAGGUUGUUGUGAGGAAGUGGAAAGAUGAUGGAUUUAGUCCCAAAAGUGAGUUGUUGUUUAUUGAGUAUUUGAAGAUUUUCAAGGUUUGUAAGAUGAGUGGCAAUGGGGAUAAUGGCUAUGAGGUUACUGAAGGUGCAGAUAGACACAUUGUCAACUUAAGAGAGAAAAAAUGCACAUGCAGAACAUGGGAUAUGACUGGAAUUCCAUGUCCACAUGCAAUUAAGGCCAUGGAGUAG